AUGGCGAUUCCCAUCCCCGCCCACUGGUGCUGGCCGCCGCCGGGCAGCUCUGGCAGCACGGACGACACAACGCCGGCGGCGAUGCGACACGGGCUGGAUCCGGGCACGCUGUCCCUCUACCAGAACACCGUGCUCGGGUUCAUCUACGCCUACCUCCCUAAACCGCCUGUCUCCGCCACCCCCAUUCUCUCCUGCGCCGCCGCCGCCGCCGAGGAAGACGGAGGAAUCGAUCGCAUCAGCGGCCUCCCCGACGACCUCCUCAGCCGCAUCCUCGUCCGCCUCCCCGCCAAGGACGGGGCCCGCACCUCCGUGCUCUCCACGCGCUGGCGCGGACUCUGGCUCUCGGCGCCGCUCGUCCUCGCCGACACCGAUUUCCUCCCCCACGGGGGCGCGGAGGGCCGGCCCCCGCGACCCGGCGCCGUCACGCGCGCCGUCUCCGCCGCUCUCCGCGCGCACCCCGGGCCGUUCCCUUUCGUCAGCCUCUCCUGCCAGUUCAUCAAAGCCGUCGAUGCGGACCGCGCCGUGCUCGCUCGCUGGUUCCAGUUCCUUGCCACCAAGGGCGUCGAGGAGCUCGCCUUCGUUAACCGCCCCUCGCCCUACGCCGGCCUGCGCCUCCCUGCCGCGCUCUUCAGCUGCGCCUCCCUCCGCCGCCUGUACCUCGGCGCUUGGAGGUUCGUCGAUACCGCCACCCUCCCGCGCGGUGCCUCCUUCCCGAGGCUUCAGGAGCUAGUCCUCGGUGCCAUCGCGCUGGAGGACCGCGACCUCAACUUCCUGCUCGCCGCUAGCCCCGUGCUUGAGGUCCUCACCAUUGUUGGAAGCGUGGAAAAGUUGCACGCCUGUCUUACCAGCCAUAGCCUACGAUGCGCACAGUUCUGCUUAGUCCUUGUCUUGAAGAAAUGGCGAUAG